AGUCAACGUGCUUCAAUUGCGCGGUUGGCCUAGUUCACCCGCGGGACAUGAGCAACGUGUCCCGACCGUCAGGCGACUGCGUCUCUCCGUGUGGGACUCGGUUAAAGGUGUGCGUGCAUAGGAAAAAUGCGGAAGCGGUGGUGCAUUCUGGUGCCCCUUUUUUUGUGUCGAGUAAGAACUGUGUGCAGUGUCGAACGGUCGGGUCUCGAGGAAAUCGAGGUGCCACGUUGCAGCGAGCGGUGCGCACGGGAGGUCUAAAAAUAGUCUCACUUACAGAAGACUUGCCGGCGUACGUGGCUGAGUGGUGUUUGAAUCACGCCUCAGACUUGCCUAGCCGAACGGCCAGAUGUAGGCCACAUUGCGGGCGUUCGCUGCCUACCACUACUAUGGAGAAGCAAGCUGACCAGAACAUUCUGACGCAUCCCGUGGGUGUGAAGUGACUCAGGCUGAGAAGUUUUGUCUCCGGGUUUUGGUCGGUAGAACGGUCAGAAUUGUACGACGACUUGGCGAUAUUGGCGUCUCCAAAGCCCAUCACACACACACAAAACCGGACAGGAUGUCGGACACGGAGGCGGAUGCACAUGCCAGCACGAACGGUAGCGCGACGAACGGUACGCCCCAACCGCUGCUCCCAUCACAGAAGGUCCUCGAGGAGGAGGAGGCCGAACGGUUGGCCGAGGAGGAACGCAAGCGUAACCGUGAGCCUCCGAUCAUCUUCACCGAGGUUGACUCAAAGCUGGAGCUGGAGCGUUUGGUCGACUUCGUCGACGGGAAGCUGUCCGAGGAUGAGCAGGAAGCGGUCGAUCAGCUGCAUCAGUAUCUGCUGCUCGGCGAAGGUGCGUGGACGUUUGGCGACUGUUUCCUCGUGUUUGUCGGCCGCAUCUUCCGCGACCAGGAAGCGUUCUCCACAGACGUGCGCGUCCAUCUGCUGCGGGCGCUCGCGAACUGUGCACUGAAGGAGGACAUCAUACUGCUGCUGCACCAGGACCGGAAGGAGCACGUGCUGAUGAACUUUGCCCAGGACAUUGAUCGACAUCCGCCCGAGGAGCAGCAAUCGAUUGCACUCUUUAUGUGCAACCUGUUUGAGAAUAACAACGCAUCGGAGUGGUUGCUGUACAUCUCCGAAUGGAACUACAACGGGCUGACCACGUCGAAUAUACGGGCGACGACGAAGGUCGCGGUACACUGUCUGCUGGCCACCUGUCCCCGGUUGCAGGACAUCGGCACCGCGCUCGUGCACAACAUCGCCUGCAAGGAGGUGAAGACGGUCGUGUUCGAUGACGUUGCGGUCGAGAUCUCGAUGGCGUUGCUGCAGUUCUUCAACAGCUCCCCAACGGAGGAACAUCUCUUCCGCACGAUGAAAGCGUUGGCGAAGUUCGUCCAGGUGUCACCGGAUGUGCCGCAGUUUGUGCAGAUGAUCGGUCCACAUCCGAAGAACUUCAAGGGCAAAAGCGAACGGGUCGAUGGACUGAUCGAGCAGAUCAGCAAGAAGAUACGCUAGGCGAGGCCCUCGUCGUUCCCACUCGCUCUCCCACUCGGCUUUCCAGAUCUCCCCAACGCGAACCUUGGCCAGGAUCCGGAGGCUCUUUCUAUAGUAGGAUGAAAGCCGAACCAGCACGCACACAACUGAUGUUACAGCUAACCUUACAAACUAACACACACACACCCUUUACAGCUAAGUUGUGCCGCUUGCUUCGAUGCGUACACUCGGGCACACUAAUUAACCCUUUGUAGAACGCGUUCUACAAGAUGGACGAAAGAGAGAGAGGGAGAGAGGGAGAGAGAGAGAGAGGGAGAGAGAGAGACAAUACCUUUCCGGUGCAGUUGUAGGCGUGUAGCGGCGUGAGUGACAUGAGCAGACGCGACAAUUGAUGAUGACGGACGGCGGUAGGCGUUAAAUUGCUGAUAAAACACAAAACAAAACCUGCGUAAUUGAAUAAACUUAACGUAACCUGUACUACUUAUGAUAAAAAA